ACUGCUCUCACAGUGUGUUACAUUAGUUAAUUAAACACGUUUCAUGUACAAUAUAAAUAAUUAAUCAACAUGUAUGAUCGAGCUCCCAGGGUCACACAUUUGACAUUAAGCAGCACCACGUCUGAAAUUGGACCAGGAUCUUAUAAUAUCAGCAGGUCUCUCAGCGACAAAAAGAAUUCGUAUGCCCCCUUCCUCUCGCUGUCCAUUAGAGAGACUGGGUUCCUGGGGUCGGGCAGUGCUCUCCUCUCUCCUGGACCAGGACAGUAUAACAGUGGCAUUCCCAGGAAUCAUGUUUUGGGAGGAAACAGUCUUCAGAAUCGUUCCAAGCGGUUUGAUGACGUGGUGUCAGAUGUGCCAGGGCCGGGAGCGUACAAUGUUAGGAACAAUGCGUCUCCUUCAAAGAACAGAACAACCAAUCCAGAGAAGAGUCCGAAGACCGUCUAUAAAGUGAUGCAGAUGCUGCUGAAUCCUGAUGCUCCAUCCAUCCCGUCUCCCGCACAGGCGUUGGGAUAUGAAGAGGAUGCUCAAGGUGUCCUACACAGACACAAACCCCCCACCAGAGACCAGACCCUCGGCCCGGCCUACUACAACCCCUUACCGGAGGAGCUGUCAUCCUUUCAGAAGUAUAAAGGUGUGCAGUUUGGGAAGAUGUCAGGCCGGAGAGAGCGGGUAAAGGGCGAAGACGAACCUGGACCAGGACAGUAUGAACUACAGGAUGAUCACGCUGUCCACUAUGAGAACGUGAAUCUCACUCGAGAGCAGAAAGGCCGUUCAGAGCUGGUCGUCCCUCGAUACCAUGAGCUGGUGACUCUGCAGGAGGAGAAGAAGGGUGUCCCAGGUCCAGGGCAUUACCACAUAAAGAGUCAGUUUGAGACGCCCAGUAAACCACAUGGUCCUGUGUUGAGCCCAGCCUUCCUGUCAAAAUCUCAGCGGUUCAGUCCGGUCAAGGAUGAAACGCCCCCUGUAGGAGCGUACGAAGACCCGCGCUGUGCACUGGAGAUCCUGAAGAAAGACAGAAGGGUGAAGAAGAAUCCUUUUGGGCAGACAGCUGCACGCUUCCUGCCAGAAAACAGAUCGAAAGCUACGCCAGGUCCCGGUGCCUAUAACGUGUUUGAUUAUGGCCUGGCUCAGGAGAGUUUGAAGAAAGCCUGUCUGAAGAGCAGAAAGAAGGGCGCCUUUGGCUCUGUUGCACCACGCCGCCCUUUUCUCCCCAGCAAAGAGGAAAUGAGCACCCCGGGGCUGGCUCAGUACAAGGUGGAGAAGACAAAUGAAGCGUUAUAUAAGAAACAGAGUACAGCUGUUUUUAAAUCUGCCACUGACAGACUUGUGGGUUCACUGUUCGCCAAAGAUACUCCUCCGCCAGGCUCAUAUAACGUGAGCGAAUCUUUCGAGAAGACACACGGUCUCCAUCACUACAGCAAGCCACGGAGUGAGAAAGCACGCAAGCGACAGAGCUGUUUCCUGUCCGCCGCCCCCAGAGACCCUGCCUUCCUACAAUACGACCCUGAAAUACCAGGUCCUGCUCAUUAUAGUCCAGAUGUUAAGUCUAACCCUCAACUUGCGCUGAUGGUCUCAAAAGAAGAUCGCUUUAAAAGCCCUAAAGACAUGACACCUGGACCCACAGCAUAUGAGUUGAGUCCAGUCAUCAUGGACACCGUUCUGAAAGGCACCUUCAAUGUGACGCUCCAUGAUCCUUUGGUGUCCAGCACGAGAUCUUUAUCUUCACGCAAGUCUUUGAGAAAACCCCCUGCCCACCGCAGUGCCUAACUCAGGUCAAAGGUCACACACUUUCAAAAAGACCUCGGCUAAGCCUCUCCUAUUAAACACAUGCUUCCCAGGAGUUCCUGACACACACACACACACACACACACCUCUUUAUGGGUGAUAUAUUUCCCUCAUUGCUCACAGAGAAUAAAUCAGGAUUCUUUAAUGGG